AGGAGGAGGAGGAGGAGGAGGAAGAGGCCGGUCCCGUUGGCUCCGGGCCGGGUCCCCGUUGGCCUGCGGCGGGGCCGAGCCCAUGCGCCCCCCUGCGCGCGCCCGCCCGGGGCCCAGGGGCAGGGGCAGGGCCGGGCCCGGGACAGACCCCCGGCGCACGGACCGACAGAAGGACCGGCCCGAGUUGACCACCACCAUGCUGACCUUGGACGGAGGCCGGGCGAGGCUCCGGGGAUCCUGGCUGGCCUGCUGGCUGUCCCUGUGCGCCGCCGAGAGCCUGUCCUCCUGCCCGGCCCCCUGCAAGUGCGACGGCCCCAGCCAGGCGGUGGACUGCAGCGGGCUGGGCCUGUCCUCCGUGCCCCCGGACCUCCCCGCCGGCACCCGCACCCUCCUGCUCCCCAACAACCGGCUGAGCGUCCUGCCCGGCCGGGCCUUCGCCAACCUGUCGGGCCUGCAGCGGCUGGACCUGUCCAACAACUUCCUGGACCCGCUGCCCGCCGCCCUGUUCGCCGACCUGGUCAACCUGACCGAGCUGCAGCUGCGCAACAACAGCGUCAGAAGCCUGGAUAGGACCCUCCUGGGCCGCACGCCCCUCCUGCGCCACCUGGACCUGUCCCUCAACGGGCUGGCCCAGCUCCCCGCCGGCCUCUUCGACGGACUGCCCGCCCUGCGCUCCCUGUCCCUCCGCUCCAACCGCCUGCACAGCCUGGACCGGGCCACCUUCGAGCCCCUGGUGCGCCUGCAGCUGCUCCAGGUGGGCGAGAACCCCUGGGAGUGCGACUGCAAACUGAGGGGCUUCAAACACUGGCUGGAGUGGUUCUCCUACCGAGGAGGCCGCCUGGAUCAACUGGCCUGCACCCUGCCCAAGGAGCUGAGGGGCAAGGACAUGAGAACGGUGCCCGUGGAGAUGUUCAACUACUGCUCCCGGCUGGAGGAGGGGGAGGAGGGCGGCGGCGGGCAGGAAGCCCCCACCCCACCCUGCCCCCGGCCCGGCCCGGAGCCCGCCAGGCCCAAGGCCGCGGCCGAGCCGGAACCGGAGCCCGGCCCGGCCUGCCCGCAGAAGCAGCGGUACCGUCCGGUCAGCGUGAGAAGGGCCGUGGGCACCGUCAUCAUCGCGGGGGUGGUCUGCGGAGUGGUCUGCGUCAUGAUGCUGGUGGCCGCCGCCUACGGCUGCAUCUACGCCUCCCUCAUGGCCAAGUACCACCGCGAGCUCCGGCGACGCCAGCCCCUCAUGGGCGAGGCCGGACCGGCCGGCCAGCGCCCCGGACAGAAGCGCAUCUCCUCCGUGGCCUGACCCCGGCUCUAGCCCCCCCAUCCCACGCCCGGGACGCCCCCUCCCCUCGCCCCUCCUCCCCCAGGUCAGCUCCCUAGCCACCCCCUCCGGCCACAGUGGCCUCUGAGGGGGGCGGGCGUU